AUGCACAUAGCGGUGGAGCCGACGUACCACUUCAAGGUGCUGGUGCCGUCGAUGGUGGCCGGCGCCAUCAUCGGCAAGGGCGGCGAGACCAUCGCCCAGCUGCAGAAGGACACCGGCGCCAGGGUCAAGAUGUCCAAAUCGCACGACUUCUAUCCCGGUACAACGGAGCGCGCGUGCCUGAUCACCGGGUCGGUGGACGGUAUCAUGAUGGUGCUGGAUUUCAUCAUGGAGAAGAUCAAGGAGAAGCCGGAGCUGGUCAAGCCGUUCCCGGAGGGGGUCGACACCAAAAUGCCCCAGGAUAGGGACAAGCAGGUCAAGAUCCUGGUGCCCAACUCCACCGCUGGCAUGAUCAUCGGCAAGGGAGGGAACUACAUCAAGCAGAUCAAAGAGCAGAGCGGCAGCUACGUCCAGAUUUCGCAGAAGGCUAAGGAGCUCUCGCUUCAGGAGAGAUGCAUAACUGUCGUGGGCGAGAAGGAGAACAACAAGAAGGCGUGCCUCAUGAUCCUCUCGAAGGUGGUCGACGACCCUCAGUCCGGCUCCUGUCCCAACGUGUCGUACGCGGACGUCGCCGGCCCAGUGGCCAACUACAACCCGACCGGCUCGCCGUACGCAGUGCCCACCACUGAGGUGACCGAGAGCCACGCGCUCGGCGGCUCCGUGGCUGGCGUGGGCGGCGUGGGCUCCGUGGGCUCGGUGCUGGUGAACGGCGCAGCGGGCCUGGGGGCGCUCUCGCUGUCCCUUUCGCUCGCGCCACCCGGAACCCCUCCCCCCUCGCCCCUCACCCAACACACGCUGGACCAUAUCAAGGUGGCGCUCCGCCAGGCGGGCUACUCGGAGGCGGGCAUCUCGGAGAUCGGCGCCGCGCUCUCCCUGCUCGUGAAGCACGGCGUGCUGGGGCUCGCGCUGCCCACCGCCCUGCCGCCCGCCCCCCUCUCGGCGGCCUACUUCCCCCUGCCCGCGCAGGACUCGCCCGCCGUCUUCGGCCCGCUGGGCCAGGUGGGCCUCGGUGAGUGCCGCCUCUACUACCAUCCGGGCGCGUCGGUCGACGCGAGACGCGAGCUGGGCGCCUGGGCGCUGGCGUACCGCGACGGGCCUCUGGUG